UUCCCUCUGACAGUUCAGAGGCAAGAGAAGGAGGAAAAGCAGCUUCCAACGACAUUCACCUUUCGACACCAACCGACAGUGGGCAAGAUGCUGACCCUCUGGGCCCUGGUCAUCACGCUGGCCAUCCAAGCAGGAGCAUUCAACGUGCUUCCUCCACCCGCCCUGCCGCCCCUCCUGACAAGACAAGUUCCUCUCAGUACACCCCUUAAUGCCAUCAAUACCCUCCCUGUCCCUUUGCCACUUGGAAAUCUGCCCACUAAUCCCUCAAUCCCAAAAAGCUCUCCAUCUACAAAACGUCUGACUGGGACCCCAAGAGGCAGGUGUCAAACUUCAGCCAGGUACUUCAUGUCUACCAGCAAACUUGAUGAAUAUCUACAUGCCGCCCUGCCCACACAGAUUGAGAAGAUGCUGAUGUGCGCGAAGGUAGACCUGGCUGGUGCAGUUGGGUCAGUGUUGGCCACGGUGUCCAGCUCUGACCUGCUGUCUGUGUUGGACGUGACUUCAUCUCUCAAUAUUCUUGGAGAUGGUGGCCUUGGUGGUGUCUUGGGCAAGGGGAGUGGUGGCAAGUCAUCUCAGCAACAACCGCCACUGUCCUCAGUAGCCACUAGUGCAGCCAGCAGCCUAGGUGCUCUAGGCAGCAUACUACCCAUUUCUGCAGAGAAUCCUGUAAAAGGCCUUGCCAACACUAUCGGUCUCUCGGAUCUCCCCCUGCCCCUGAAUGGUGUGGUUGACCAAGUUGGCAAGCUCCAAGAAUCCACCGAGGGCAUGCUGAAGAGUGCAGUGCCAGAAGGCAUUAGUAGUGCAGUCACGGACCUGCUGGAAAAUAACCUGGAAGGGCUCUUGUUGGGAUUAGAGGUUCAAAGAGUGACUGUGGAGAACAUGACAUCAACCAUGACAGAUGAUGGGAUCCUCUUCCAUGCCAUGACUACUGCCUUCAUAGGUGGAAAUGGCUUAGCAGGACCUGCAAUCAGUCUACUGGGAAUUCAAGUGCAUGGGGAUGUGACUCUGAAUAUUGGCAUUUCCACAAACAAUACCCAAUGCGUCAACCUUCAAGUCCAAGACAAAGAUAUCAAGGCCAAGAAAGUGACCUUUCAGAUACUGGAGAUGCUCACAAACUCUUUGCCGGUGCCUAUGUCUCUUCCCUUGAAUGAUGUCAUUCCUCCACUGUUGACAGUAACUAUGAAAGAAAACAUUCAAAACUCUAAAUCCUGUGAUAUUGAUCUCAGAGAUUUCAACAAAUGUGAGAACUCUACUGGCUUUUUCAAGUAUCAAGUUACAAGUUCCCGGUUUUCUGCACAAGGUCUCUCAAUCAACUACUGUGCUAAAGCCAUCCUUUCCAGAAAUACAGUACCUGUACCUGGGAGUCCCCUUCCUCCAGAUCCUAAAAAUGCCAACAUUUCCAUAACUCUGUCCCACACAAUACUCAAGACAAUAGUCACUCAGAGUGCCAAGCAGAGCUCCGUCAAGAUGAAUAACGUGGAUGCAAGUAUCACCCAAGUAGUCUACUCCUACCAGCGAGGCAAUAAAAUCUCAGCCACUUACUGGGUUUCUGUGAAAAAGAACGGUGAUGCCUUUGCCACUGGAAAAACGACGAUUAUCAUCUCCCACGCGUGCAAGAUUUCAAAAGACAAACUGAUGACAGACAUGAAGAUUCUAAGCUCUGAACAUACUGUGACACCCAGUGAGACUACGGACAAGGUGCAAGGUGUGCUGGCUGCAGUUCUGAAGAAUUUCUUGUCUGCUCUUAAAGGAAAUUUGGUGCAUUGGAAUGUUCCACAGGGAGUAACCUCAGUUCCUCCAAUCAAUGCCAAGGUUGAAGUGGUUAAAUCGAAUGAUCUUCAGGCAGCAAUUUAAACCCAGCACACCUGAUGCCAGAGAGUUUUACAGAAUGAAAGCACUCAAAAACCUCUCUAAGAAAUACUGAACCAAGGACAUCCUUAUGAUUAAGGAGCCAAGCAGAAUAGCGUUCUGAACAUAUCAAUUAGUCUUUGGAAUUUCACUAACAUUAUCAGGAAUGACAAGUGCAUGAAAAGCAAGAAUCCACGGAUUUGGGGCAUUUUGUAAUCAUCUCUUUAAUAAAUAACCUGUG